UGCAUUUUUUAUUAGUAGAUUACACAUGAGAUACAAGUGAUAUAAAAUAUUUAAAUAUACAUGGUGAAAACAAUAUGUUUGUUUAAUUUUCACCUUAGUACUUCUCUUGUGGACAACAUUCUUUGACAAAAAAAAAUUUGUUUAUCUUCGACGAAUCGAUUAUUUAACUGGCGACCAUUUCUCGACGAAAGUGUUAAAUUACUGGAAUCUUACUGAUGUUUUCAGCCGUUAAAACAUAACAAAUAUAGAAAUACAUGCAGUAUAUAAUUAUAUACAAAAGAAUAUAUUCGAUGUAAUUCAUAAUUGUGUAGUGAAUAAGAAGUUUGAUUUUUUUAAAGAAUUUCUCUUAUUAUCAAUAUAUAUGUACAAAUGUACAUGGCGAAAUAAAACACAUGGAUGAGAGUCGCCGAGACAUAGUUAAUGCGCGAACUUUACUGCGAUACUUUUUUGUGAAUAAUAUUUUAUGAGAAAAAAACACCUGUUAAAUUUCUUCCGGCUGAUGAAUCGAUUGCUGAAGAUAGACUGUAUCCUAACGUAAUGUUAAAUUCUUAAGUAUUUCUAGACAAUUCAUGUAUUACUUACAGUUUAACCAAAUUACAGAAGAUAACUUAAAUAGUAAAACGUUAAAUUGAUGCUAAAAGUGAAAAAAUGUUAUUAGCUAAAUGCAGUAGGAAUAAAUAAAAUUUCGUUCAUUUCGUUUUCGAUAACUGUUUUCGCGACUGUUUUAGUUCUAGCAGAGAGAUAAAUUUAAUUCUAGCAAAGAGAUGAUAAAUAUUGUGGAUAAGUACUUCAGUUUCAAUCGAACUCUAUUGUUAAUAAUUGGUUUGUGGCCUUAUGAAAAAUCAAAACUUACUCAACUGCAAGUAAUCUGCGUCUUUAGCAUUCUUAUAACUGGCAUUGUAUUUCAGAUCACACCAAUUUUGACUUCACAAUGUACUGCAGACUUAAUCAUAGAGAUUCUAUCUUCCACAGUUGCCUCCACCGCUUUUUUCAUAAAGUACAAUGCUUUUUAUGUUAAUAAUAAAACGGUAAAUUGAUGUACUGUAUUGACACACACAAACACACAUACGCGCGCGCGCACACGCACAGGAAUAAAUAUCUUGAUA